ACGCUCUUCGUAUUUAGCGCGAAAAUACUGGAAAAAGUUCGACCAGCUCCCGCUUCAUCAAUCAUCCAGUUGUUUGUUCGCCGACCAAGCACCAACCGCGAAAUAUAUCCGUUGAGAGAUUUUACAGUGGACGACUUCAUUAGCUUCGCGUUAGACGAGUUUAUCCGUCUUCUCCAACUAUUUUGAAUUUUCCAGAAGGUUUAGGUUUUGAGAAAGAUUUCUAUCUUUGCAAUGUUACAGUGGAUGGGUGGAUCAAGACGCAAAGUUACCACUUCAAGGAAGUCAACACAGAAAAGGCAAAAGCAAUACUUUGAACAAAGAAAACGAAAACAGCAGCAUCAGCAGACAGAUGUGGAAAACUACUAUGAUGGAAAUAACACAUAUAGUCAGCAAAGCAAGAAUAAUAAGUCACUGGAUGUUCUCAGUCUGCUGAACCUUUCAGCAGUUUCUAAAGAACCCAACUCCCGUUGCCCCCAAGGGAACAAUGAAGGCAUUACUCUCAGUCCUAACCAUCAGACCAUAUCGUGCCCUCGAACAGUUCAAACCAAUGAAGCUACUGAAAUGAGUCCCCCUAGGUUUGAGGAAGAAAGUUCAUCAUGUUUUCCUGUGGAUACUGUAUGCCCAAAGAAUUUUCCAGUUGGUGCACCUGAAUCCCAAAAGCAAAAGUUGAAGGGCAACUGGAACAUCUUAAAUCUAUCGAAGAUGCCAGCUGAGCACCAGCUAUCUGUUAUCGAUAUUAUCAGUGAUGAUGGUCCAAGUAGCAAUUUUAAAGAAAGUGCUGGAAAUGAAGCUCAUGUUGCCUUUUCUAUUCAAGGUUUAGGUAAAGUGGAUGCAGAGUAAUUGUAAGAUGUAUUGAUAUGUUCUGCAGAGUUUCUAGAAUUGAAAAAAUAUGUUUAUGAUGUACAUUUUGUUGAUAACAAUGAUGGCAGUGCAUGGGGUGAUGCUUCUAGGGUGAAGUGA